AUGAACCCAGCCGACCUCGACCGCAUGAAGGAGGAGAUCUCCGGCCAGGCUCAGCGUUUGGGCAGCCACGAACACAUGUUGAAAUCUCUCAUCGACAGCGAGGCCCAGAUUUCGACACAGCUCGCUGAGCUAAGUCGCGGCGCUUCUCCGCCAGCUCCCCCGCCUGUUGCUGCUUCCCCGGCGCUGCCGGGUGGAUCCACCUCCGAGCCUCACAUCCCCUCACCCACCAAGUACAGCGGUAACCCAGACACUUGCCGAAAUUUCAUUACCCAGGUACGUCUGGUGUUUCUGGCCCAGCCUUCCCGGUUCCGUGAUGAGUCAGCCAAGAUAGCUUACAUAGCUAACCUGUUGGAUGGUCCUCCUUUAAGUUACUUCAAUGCCCUAUAUGAGCAGCAAGCUCCGCCGGUCCUCUCUUUUGAACUGUUUGCCACAGAAUUAAGGAGGAUUUAUGACCAUCCCGUCCGGGGACAACAGGCGGGUCAACGAUUGCUUAAGCUCUGGCAGGGGAAGAAGUCAGUAAGGGAAUUUGCCAGCGAGUUCCGCUCCCUAGCUGUGGACUCCGGCUGGAAUGACCUGGCUCUACUUACCGCCUUCCAGAGCGGACUCAAUCGGUCCAUCGGCAGGGAGAUCGCCCUACGGGAGGAGCAGCAGUCGCUGGAUGGAGCCAUUGCCUCUGCCAUCAGGAUCUCCGACCAGAUGGCGCAGUGGAAUCCUGAAGACUCAGCUGUUCGCUUUUCUGCACCACCUGUAGAGUUCCCCAGAGCUGUUACUCACCAUGUCGAUGCCCGAGCCGCGGAGGGAGAGGAACCCAUGCAGAUUGGUCGCACCAAACUCACCCCGGAAGAACGCCGGCGGCGCAUGACAGAGGGUCUCUGCCUCUACUGUGGUCAGCAGGGACAUAUCAUCUCCUCCUGCCCACAACCGGUUCUGGUGGACUCCGGUUCCGAUGCGGAUCUCAUGGACUAUGCUCUCGCCAAGAGACUCGGCCUUCGGGCCUUCCGUCUUCAACGUCCCCUGGAGGCUCGUGCCUUGGAUGGCCGCCUCAUUUGCAGGGUCACUCACCGGUCCCAACCGGUCACCCUCCUGUUCCCGGACAAGGUCAAUGCCGUCAGAAGUUGGCCUACCCCUAACUCCCGCAAGGAGGUGCAGCGGUUUUUAGGGUUCGCCAAUUUCUACCGCAAGUUCAUCCGUAACUUCAGUGCUGUCGCUUCACCCCUGCAUAACCUCACCUCUCCUAAGUUCCCCUUCAGGUGGUGUGAUAAGGCUGAAGGGGCCUUCCAACGCCUUAAAGUGUCCUUCACCACCGCUCCCAUUCUCUCUGUUCCUGAUCCUACGCUCCAGUUCAUAGUUGAGGUGGACGCCUCGGAUGUCGGUGUUGGGGCCGUUCUGUCCCAACGGUCCUCUACCGACGAUAAGCUGCACCCCUGCGCUUUCCUAUCGAGGAAACUUUCUGCGGCGGAACAAAAUUACGACAUCGGGAACCGGGAGUUGUUGGCCAUCAAGGUGGCUCUGGAGGAAUGGCGUCACUGGCUGGAGGGGGCGGUGCUACCUUUUCUAGUCUGGACCGACCACAAGAAUCUGGAGUAUCUUCGGACCGCAAAGAGGCUGAAUUCCCGGCAGGCAAGGUGGGCCCUGUUCUUUACCCGUUUUGACUUUGCUCUCUCCUAUAGACCAGGGUCGAAGAAUGGCAAGCCUGAUGCUCUGUCCCGAGUUCCGUCCUCAGAGGGUCCUGCUGCCGUGCCUGAACCUAUCCUGCCUGCAGCCUGCGUGGUUGGGGCUUUCAAGUGGAGGGUGGAGGAACAGGUCAUCCAGGCUCUUCAGACCUGUCAACCGCCGGACGGCGUCCCUCCCAAUCGGUUGUUUGUUCCACCUCACCUCCGCUCCCAAGUCAUCCAGUGGGCCCACGCUUCACGAUUGGCAUGUCACCCCGGGGUCCGACGGACCUUAUUUAUGUCCCGACAACGUUUCUGGUGGCCCGCCAUGGAGAAGGACAUCACCGAGUUCAUUGCGGCCUGUCCAGUUUGUGCCUCCUGCAAAGUGUCCCACAAGCCUCCUGUGGGUCAGCUUCACCCUCUGCCUGUCCCCCUGAGACCCUGGUCACACAUCUCCCUGGACUUCGUCACUGGACUGCCUCCCUCUGCAGGUCCCCAGUUCACUGCUCUAUUCUGGAAGGCCUUCUGCUCCCUCAUCGGUGCCUCCGUCUCCCUGUCCUCCGGCUUCCAUCCGCAGUCCAAUGGACAGACUGAACGCCUCAACCAGGAGAUGGAGACCACACUACGCUGUCUGGUCACCCAGAACCCCGCCGCCUGGAGUCAGCAGCUAGUGAUCAUGAGAGUGCACCCAGCUUUCCACGUCAGCCAGAUCAAACCCGCUAAGGAGAGCUUGUUGGUGCCCACUGCCCAGCCCCCGCCUCCCCCCCGACUUGUGGAUGGGGGUCCUGUUUAUACCGUCCGCAAACUCCUGUCCUCUCGCCGACGUGGCCGCGGGUUUCAAUACCUGGUGGACUGGGAAGGUUAUGGACCUGAGGAACGUUCCUGGGUGCCCGCCUCGCGCAUCCUUGACCCUUCCCUCAUCCACGAAUUCAACCAGUCCCAUCCUGAUGGCCCUGGGCCGUCAGGUGCCGGCCGUAAGGGGAGGGGUACUGUCACAACUGUCACUAGACGGUAG